UUUAAACUAGGCGCUGCCGCACAAUAACGGUGCCCUCGGCUUCAUGUGGAGGAGCGCAAGAAGCGCAAGAACCGAGCAGCUGGCUCUGUCCAAAAAGAAAAAAAAAAAAAAAAAAAGACGCACGGACAUCCAAAGUGACCUUGUGGUCGGAUUGAUGGUGCGUGAACUGAAGAAAGCGCAGACAGUCCUCUGAGUCGCUGCAGGAUGACAGAAUAGACUUGAAAGACAUGGAAGUGUCACCGCGGGUUACUACCUCAGGAAAUGAUGACAGUGUCCUCCAUCAUUGCAUAGCUGCUCGGAGCGAACAGCUCUAGUCUUGCGGCCAUUUCGAGCGGACUCGUUUGCCUUUUGAUUUAACGCACCGAAAUAUCCUAAAGACGGGCUUUGACGGGCGUCUUGAAGGUGUCGGGAGCAGGUGCAGCCAGUCAAGCCCGCAGGCAGCUUCACAUGUAGCCUCGGAGCCGCCUCUGUGGAAAAGCUACGACCUGCUCCAGGCUGGACAUCACAUUUUAAGAAUGACGUCCACGAUAGAGAGGAAAACACUGGAGGCCAAUGAGGAGCCGGUGGACGAGGUCCUCCAGAUGCCGCCGUCUCUGCUGACAUGCGGUGGGUGUCAGCAGAGCAUCGGUGACAGAUUCUUCCUGAAGGCCAUCGAACAGUACUGGCACGAGGACUGCCUGAGCUGCGACCUGUGCGGCUGCCGGCUGGGGGAGGUGGGCCGUCGGCUCUACUACAAGUUGGGAAGAAAACUGUGCCGGCGGGAUUAUCUCAGGCUUUUCGGCCAGGACGGUCUCUGCGCCUCCUGCGAAAAGAGGAUCCGAGCGUUUGAGAUGACGAUGCGCGUGCGGGACAAGGUUUACCAUCUGGAGUGCUUCAAGUGCGCCGCCUGCCAGAAGCACUUCUGUGUGGGUGACCGCUAUCUUCUAAUCAACUCAGACAUUGUGUGCGAGCAGGACAUCUUUGAGUGGACCAAGCUGAACAGUAACAGUAUGGUGUAGAGGAGCCUCUUGUGCAACACACUUGAGAUGCCUUGUCCUCCUUGCUUUAAAGGGAGUGGACCACUGAUGGAUGGUUUGUUUAUCCCGCAUCUGAAAUCCAUGUGGGAUCAUUUUAACACAUAAAAGGAGAUGCUACAUCUCUGCAUGUCUUCCUGCGAGAGACUGCUGAAGGCUGCACCAGCAAUAACAGACAGCUUCUCAUCCAAGGCGUCUUAAAAGCAAAAAAUACUUUAGCACUGAACACACUGAAACACGCAAUAUUAGUGAUUUGUUAUACACUGGGUCAGACUCUGUUUUAUCACCUGAAACUUUCGGGAGAAGAUCUGUAAGUUUUAUUUUACGGAUCUGUAAUUUGCUAAUACUUUGCUAUAAAUAGUUAUCGGGGAAAUGGGGAGUUUGUUUAAGGAACUUCAAUGUCAAUAAAUAAAUAUUCAUUAUACUAAUUAAUCACAGGGCAAUGCAGUCUUUCAUAUAUUAUUAAAUAUUUACAUUUGGACAAAUUUCACACUGAAGUUUUCAGUGGACAGAGAGAAAGUGUGUCAGAUUAUGUUGGGAAUUUACUGGAAUGAAUUAAUUGGACAAACUGUAUCCUGCCUUUAUAGUCUGAAUGUUUAUCUGUGAAACUUCUCUAAGAAAUAAUUAGGGAAUUACAGAUAUGUAAAUAAAAGACUGUUAAAAGACUGUCGGACUGUCAUAUUGUAAAUGGAAUACGAUGUCCAUUUGGAUAUGAUCAGAAUGCUUGCUUUGUAUUGCCAGGUUGAACUGGUGGCGCCCUCUGGUGGUCGAGGGAACCAAUGCAAUACUUAUUUAUCUGAAUUUGCAGACGUUUCUUUUAUAAUUUGAACAACUGCCUGGACAUGAAUUUAAGACUGGAUACUUACUUGUCAAUUUAUUUAAUAAAUGACAAUUUACACCUUU